UCUGCGCUCGGCGCUCGGCCGGUCGCCCUGCGUACGCUGCGUCUGGCGCUCAGAGGCUAAGGUGCCGCCGUCAUGUCGACCGCCAUGAACUUUGGGACCAAGAACUUCCAGCCGCGGCCGCCGGACAAGGGCAGCUUCCCGCUAGAUCACUUCGGUGAAUGUAAAAGCUUUAAAGAGAAAUUCAUGCAGUGUCUCCGUGACAAUAAUUUUGAAAAUGCUUUGUGCAGAAAUCAAUCAAAAGAAUAUUUAGAAUGCAGAAUGAACAGGCAACUGAUGGCUCAAGAACCCCUGGAAAAACUGGGAUUUGGAGAUUUGAUAGGUGGAAAAUCAGAGGCAAAGAAUGAAUUUUGAUGAGAAGAAGAUCCCUGGGCUCUGUUCAGCAGUCACAUGAGUUGGAGGGUGCUGCUGCCUCUUAGACCCCCGAAGUCCUACCUGGCUGUGCCCCAGAUAGGGCUUUCAUUGUGCCUUGAAGUACUCCACACAAAGUCCAGAUGGGUGUCCCUCCUUUGUGGAUAUGUCUCAUAAUUAGGCAAGUGGCUUAUCUUAUGAAGCUCCCAGAUUAUUUUCAAAAAUUAUUUUCCUUUUAGAUCCUCAUUUUCCCAGAAGGGAGUGAUUUUAUCAUUAAACCCACACGUGGGACAAGUCCUGAGGGAGGCCACAACAGAGGUGAGGAUGAAGAGUGAGAUCUGUCAGGCCAUGAGUGCUCUGCACAGCAGUGGGUUUGUCUGCAGCACUCUGAGUAGCUUUUCAAUACCGAGAGGUGUACACAAACUUCAGUCUGCUGUGUCCACAAACAUUCAGAAAAUAACCAUUUCCUAGCAAGAAAGGUUUCUUCUUUGUACUCAAAAGAA